AUGUUAUCAUCAUUGUUUUUUCUAUACGUUUUACUAUGGAAGAACAUUGCAAUAGCCAUAGAUCCACUACCAGGUCUUGAUAUAAUUCAAUCCGGUUUUGAUGCUGUAAAAAUGUUGAAUAUUCAAGAGAAAAAUUCAACAUCUAAACUAUUCGAUUUAGGUGAUACAUCAGAAGGUGACAAUUAUACAUUCAAUGUACUUGGCAUUGAUCGUAUUUAUUCAACGCCAUUAAAUGUCCACGUUACAAACGUUGAUUCAAAAAUUGAAACUUAUUCUCAUACAGUUGCAUAUACAUUUAAAGAUUUCUGUUUAAGCUACUUUCAAUCAUAUUCAUUUGAAUAUUCAUAUACAUGUGAACAAGGAAUGAUAAGUUCGAAAUAUCAUUCAAUAUUGAAUAAAGCUCAAAAGAUGAUUAAUACAACAAAACAAACUGCUAUUAUUUCAACUGUAUGGUGGGGUCUUUAUUCUAUACAAUUACCUCCAGCAUAUUUACUUGACUUCGAUCCAUUGUUCAAUAAAAGUAUACAAAUAUUGAAUAGUCGUGUAUCUGAUCCUUAUACAGAAGAUCAACAAUUUUUAUACAAUAAAUUUAUUGAAACAUUUGGUACUCAUUAUAUCACAUCAGUCAUCAUGGGUGGUUUAAUCAACACAUAUACAUUUAUUAAUCAAACUACUCAUUCACAAUAUAAUUAUUCAAAAACAUUACAAGACAUAUCUCAUACAGUAUCGAGUGAAAAUCGUAGUCGAACAAAUUUAUCAUUAUCAGAAGAUUCACAAACAUUCAUCUUCUAUGAACCUUCAAUAAAGUCUAAUGGUUCAAAAUCAGAUUGGUUUACUUGGAUACACGCUCUCGAUAAACGUCCAAGUGUAAUUAAUCGAACAUUAAUUUAUCUCACAUAUUUACUAGAUGAUUAUCCUGAAGUUCAAAGUCACCUUCAAAAAACCAUUGAUUACUAUCAAAAACAUGGUGUAUUACCUACAUUAGCACAAUUAAAUGGUAAAAAAAACUUCAAAUUAUCGUCUGUUCAUCUACCAUCAAUAUAUGGACUUGAUAUUGUUGGUUGUGGUUUUGAUAUUCUAUCUAUGCAAAGUAAAUUAUGUCUAGUCGAUAUAUCAAAGAUGAAUGAUGAAAAUCAAUAUAUUGAUCCUUUCAAUAUAUCAUUAAUCUAUUCAGUACCAACUGGUUUCUAUGCUAUAGAUACUCCUGAUUCUUUAACAUUGAAUUUUUCUAUUCAACUUAGAACAAUUGAUGAUUAUUAUAAACGUACAUUUUAUUCAACACAUUCAGAUAGUUUUGGAUUUUUAGGAUUUGGUGCGAGUCAUAAUUAUAAAUCAAUUGAAACAUUUUAUCGACGAUUUUAUGAAGAAAAUUAUUAUCUUGCAUUACGACUAUUACAAAUAAAAUGGUAUACACUUUCUAUGAUUACUUUUCCUUAUCCAAAAUUAAAUAGUAUAGCACAGGAUGCAAUAGAAAAAUUGCCAAAUACAUUCAAUUCUAAUAAUACAAUAAAAUUUAAUCAAUUCUUUUCAACAUUUGGUACGCAUUUUGUUCAAAGUGCAGAUAUGGGUGGUCUUCUACAAUCUGAAAUUUGGUAUAAAAAAUGUUUAUUAUAUACAAAAUCUGAAACAUGGAUUAAAGAAGAAUCAAAUAAGUUUUGGUGGUUCUUUUCAAGUAGUCAAUCAUCAUCAUCUUAUCAAUCAACAAUAGAUCAACAAUUUAGAGAAUAUUCAAUGUUUUCAUCGAAAUUAAUUGGUGGUAAUCAAUUUAUGAAUACAACAUUAUGGGAACAAUGGGCACCUACUGUUAAGUCGAAUCCAAAAGCAGUACAAUAUUAUCUCAGGCCUAUUUAUACUCUACUACCUGUAGGACAACAACGCACAGCUUUAGCAGAUGCUUUAGCCUAUCUUCGAACAAAUGCUGAUACUAAUGCAAAAGAAUAUAUUUCUCAAUUGAAAGAAUUAAAUCCACCGCCACAAAGAGAUUGCGGUUUAAACAAAAAAAAACGACAUUUACGUUUAGAAAAAUCGCAACGUCAGAAACGAAGUCUAGCAUUAAAUGCAAAUGCUGCUCGUCAAGUACUAUGUCCAAUUGUUGGCUACAAUGGUUCAUUCUGUCCAGGAACAAAUAAGAAUGUAAAGUCUACGGCAAGAGCCAUGAAAACAAUUACACAAUUACAUCGUGGAGUUGGUAUGACUAUUGAUAUUAGUACUGGUAAACUAAUGUUACCUGUAUUAGAAUUAACUUAUCCAUCAAAAUUGAAAAUAUGGAAAGAUGAGAAAGGCUCAGGUCGAUCAUUUUCUAUUCCUAAUGAAAUAAGUUUAACACCCGUAGAUGUUAAUCGAGAUAAUAAACCUACAUCAUAUAUUUAUCCUACUCCAAUGCAACUUGCUGAUGUGUGGACUCGUGCUAGUGGUAGUGGUAGUUGGUUGGGUGGUGAAUUAGGUCACACAAAAUCAGUUCUAGAUAUUAAUUUGAAGUUUUUUUCUAAACAACAAGCAACAGCUAUUACUCAACAACCAAUCGGAUUGUAUCGACUCGAAGUGAAUAAUUUAACAUUAAAUGAAUAUGCUAAAGAAGCUAUAAGUCUAUUACCAACAACAUAUGAUGCAAGUAUCUAUAGUGAUUUUAUGGAUACAUGGGGUACUCAUAUUGCUGUUUCAACAUUAAUUGGUGGUAUGGUUGAACAACAAGUUGUUUUUAAAAAAUGUAUGUUAUCAAUGUUAGCAUUGAUUGGUAAUAACAUACUCGAUAGUUAUCUAACAGCGGAUUUAACAUCAAAUAAAACAACGAACAGUUUAUAUACACAACGACGACAAUUGACACUUAAUCAUCGUUUAGGAGGUAAUCCGACAAUAAAUGAUCACACAACAUGGAUUCGAACAAUUGCUGCCAAUCCAGCAUUGUUAAAAAUUGAUCGUUAUAUUCCUUGGUGGGAUGUUCUUACAGAUACUAAAAUUAAGCAAAACAUGCAAAAAGCAAUUGCCGAUCGCUUAGAUCAAGUAGCUAAAAACCAAAAUCAAUUAGAAUCUCAAAAUCAAAAUUCAUUAGGUCUUGAAACAAUUGAUGUUUCUAUUGGCUUUACACUACCUCGUACAGUAUGGGACGGUUUUAUUCCUCGUCAAGACGGACAAAUGUGUCUAACUGUCGGACCUAUUCUAUUGAAUAUUUCAUCGGUGUGUAAUAAUGAAUGUAAUUUAGGACAAUUUAUUGUAACAAAUGAAACAUUAACAGGUUUCGAAAAUUUAUUUACUUAUAAACGUGAUAAUACUACCGGAUCGUUUCAUAUUGUAUUCAACGAUUAUAAAAACAGUAAAGUCGUUGUUGGAUCAGAAGUUUAUGGUGCAGGAUGUUCUGCAAUCGAGUCAAAUAAUAACAAUAAUAAUAUACCGAUUUUUCCAGUACUGGAAUUGCCAGGACUAAACUAUCUUGCAUCAGGUUUUGAUGCUGCCAGAAUGGUGAAUCUUAAUGAAGUCUCAUCAAGUGAUCAAUCAAAAUUUCGACUUUUCGAUCUGGGUGCAUCGAACGGCAAGACCUAUACAUUAACUGUCGUGACACUCGAACUUAGCAUUGAUAAUACUAUUCGAGAAGCCUAUCAAAUGAUGCAAUCAAAAUAUACAGCAGUGGCUACGUCAACUACAUGGUGGGGAAUGUAUAGUAUUCAAAUGUUACCAGCCUACAUGCUAAAGUUCAGUUCGAUCUUUAACAGAAGUCUUUCGAGAUUAGUAUCAAAUCCUACUACUGAGCAACAACAGUUAUUUUAUAAUCAAAUUGUGACAACAUUUGGAACUCAUUAUGUUUCAUCAGUCAUUGUUGGUGGUAUUGCACAUUAUUAUACAUUUUUAACUGAAGAAUGGCAACGUCAGAAUAGUCAAAGUUCAACUGAAAAUCAAGUUUCAAUUGGUUUUCAUCUUGGUUUCGAUAUUCCCCUUGGUAUUGGUGAAGACUUUGGAGGUAUUUCAUUUGGUGGUGGUUGGGGAUUUAGUGGUGGUGUUCAAUUAGAAACAUUUAAGAAAAACUCUGCUACAAAAUUUCUUUUUCGACCAGCACCUGUAGACUUAUCCUCUACGCUAUACAAUCAUACCUGGAUAGCAUGGGCAUCUCAAACAGCAAGACAACCUGUUGUUGUCAAUCGAACACUUAUUCCUUUGUCAAAUCUAUUACUUGAUUUUCCUAUCGGUAUUGCAGAACACCUACAAAGUACCAUAGAUUUUUAUCUUAGGACCGGCAGAUUACCAAAACUUACUGAUGUAGUCCGUAAAGAAAGGCAAUCUUUGAUCUCAUCAAUGUCUAUUUCUGGUCUUGAUGUCGUCGGCUGUGGAUACGAUAUCAUAGAACUUCAAAGUAAACAAUGUCUAUUCGACAUGACUUAUAACCAAAAUAAGCUCUGGUCGAAUGUUUUCAACGGUCAUAGAUCAUAUCGAAUUCCCGAUGGAUAUUCUGUUACGGGAAUACGGGAAUUCAACUCGACAUACAACACUCAUAUAUUUGAUAGUUACGACAAAUUUAUCGAAAAUUCUAUCUAUAUGAAUGAACAAGACACGGAAAAAUUUCUUGGUUUUGGUAUGUCGUACGAACGUAAGGAUAUUGUCACACGACUUCAAAAUAUAUAUAAAUAUCAUUUAAAACUUGCAUGGACAAAUCGAAAAGUUCUUUGGUAUAAUCUCUCAAUUGUAAAUUUAACUAUUCCACCACUAAAUUCUGUUGCGAAGAUGGCCCUAAAUGAUUUACCAUCAGUCUUCAAGAAAGAAGAUUUUCAAAAAGUUUGGAAAACAUUUUUUGAUACUUAUGGUACUCAUUAUGUGACGAGUGCAGAAUUUGGUGGUAUGAUAUGGGCUGAGGAUUAUUUUAACCAAUGUCUAAUCACGAAAAAUUCAAUACAAUGGAUUAAAGAUCAAAUUAAACGUUCUUAUUGGUUUAUUUCAACAAGUGAAUUUAACAGUUUGUAUGUACCUGUAAUAAAUCAAGACUAUUUGCAAUAUCGUAUAUCGACAAUGUAUGUAAUUGGUGGAGAUAGUAAUUUGAAUUCUUUUCAACUUAAGAAAUGGAUGCAAAGUAUCAAAGAUAAGCCGAAUGCAAUCACCUAUAGCCUUCUACCUCUCUAUACACUUCUACCUUUGAAUACACAAAAACGAAAGGCACUGGAAGAGGCCACUCUUUAUAUUCGACUGCAAGCAGUAAAUAUGACGAAUGUUUAUUUAAAUAAUCUACAAUCCGUCGAUUGGUCAAUUCCAAGUAUAAAGUGUUUUUCUCCGUGA